CAGGGCGCUCGCUCCGCUGGGCUGGGGCGGUCAGUGAGCCGGCGGCGAUGGCGCGAGUGGGCUGGCCGACAGUGGCGGCCGUGGGGGCGCUGGUGCUCGUCUCACUCGCCCUCCUGGCGGCAUCAGCCGGGCCGGAGCCGAGCCGAGAGGAAUGUCAGCCCUACAUCAAGCGCGAGCGGGAGGAGUGCGAGGCGCGCGCGGCCGGCGCCGCCGCCUCCUCCGAGCCGGCAGCCGCCGGCCCACUCGGCUGGCUCUCCGACCUGCUCUUCGCCGAGUCACGCUACAUGCGCCAGCGUGACAUCGCCAUCGCCGCCCGACACCGUGACCUCGUCCGGCUCAAGGUGGAGAGGGGGGAGCUGCCGGCGUCGGCGCUCGACCAGCCGCUGCCGUCCCUCUCGGCCGGCGGCCAGGCCAGCCAAAAGUCGCUGCUCGGCCGGCUCUGGUCGGAGCUGUUUGCCGAAUCGCGCUACUGGCAGGAGCGGAACGCCGCCAUCGCCGCCCGAGAGGCCGACCUCCGCCGGGUCAAACUGGAGCGCGGAGAGCUAGUCGCAGACGCUCCCGCGCCGGCGCCGGCCCCGGCUGCCCUGCCGGAGGUCCCGGCCGAGCUGCAGUCCCGGCCGGUCGAGCCCGCGGCCGCGCCCGCCGCCGCCGCUGCCUGGAGCGCCUCUGCUGCCGCCAUGGAGGUCCCCUCCUCGGGCAGCUGGCUGUACGACCUCCUCUUCGCCGAGGUGCACUACAUGCAGAUGCGUGACGCGGCGAUCGCCGCCCGCGACCGUGACCUGGUGCGAGUCAAGGUGGAGCGAGGCGAGCUGCCGGCCUCGGCGCUGCACGACGAGCGGCUGGCGCGGCCGCAGGCGGCGCUGCCGGGCUCGGAGGGCAGCGGCGGCCUCUUCCAGCUUAUCUUCCCGGAGGGGCGCCAGAUGGCCCUCCGCCGGCAGGCGCUGGCCGAGCGGCACCGUGACCUCAUCCGCACCAAGGUCGAACGCGGCGACCUGCCGCAGUCGGCUCUGGUCGAGCUGCCCGGUCUGGAUGAUGCGGUCGGUGACGGUAAGGCCGAGACCGGACCACGGCGCGGUCUCUGGCAGCUCAUCUUCCCCGAGCGUCACCAGAUGGCGAUCCGGAGGAAGGCCAUCUUCGAGCGCCACCGCGAUCUCAUCCGGACCAAGGUGGAGCGCGGAGAUCUGCCUCAGUCGGCGCUGGACGAGCUGGUGGAGCCCAGCGACGACCAGCCGGCGGCCGGCGGGCCGCGCCGCUCCAUCCUCCGGCGCAUCAUCGACGAACUGUUCGCCGAGAGCCGCUACAUGAAGGAGCGCAACGAAGCCAUCGCCGCGCGUGAGGCCGACCUGCGCCGCUACAAGGAGGCACUGGCCCGCGGGGAGCAGCCCAGCCGCUACGAACCCGAAGUGGAGAAGGCGGCGCCACCUGCUCCCGUCGAAGAAGCGCCGGCCCCCGCCCCCGCCGCCGCUCCUGCGCCGGCUCCUGCACCGGCACCAUCACCGGCUCCAGCACCAGUCGCACCUCCAGCCCCCGCUCCUGCACCAGCGCCAGCCCCCACCCCGGCUCCGACUCCAGCCCCGACUCCUGCGCCCACUCCGGCUCCAACUCCUGCUCCAACUCCGGCUCCGACUCCUGCUCCUACACCGGCUCCGACUCCAGCUCCGACUCCAGCUCCGACUCCGGCUCCGACUCCCGCCCCGACACCGGCUCCUGUGCCAGCUCCCGCCCCGGCUCCUGCUCCAGCCCCGGCUCCCGCUCCCGCGCCUGCUCCCGCUCAGAGUCCCGCUCCCGCCGCGCCGGAGCCGACGGCCCGUCCCCGUCUGGAGGUGGAGGAGCUGCUAGGGUUGCACGCCCCCUUCAGCCGACCCGUGGAGGAUGCGACCAACUACGCGCUGCGUGAGCUGAAGCGACUGGCUGACACGGCCAUCAAGCCGCUGGAGGAGACGUUCAAGUACAGCUCCAUCAGCACGCGCACACUCUCAGACGCUGAGAUCUUCGCCAAGCCGGUGAUUCUGUUCCUGGGCCAGCUGAACAGCGGCAAGUCGACUAUGAUUAACUACCUGCUGGGUACCGACGCCACGCGCACCACCGCCAUGCCAGGCAGCGGUCAGUUCCGUAUUCUGACGUACGGCGAGCAGGAUGCCCGCCAGGACGGCGCUCAGGUCACCUCGCACUGGGAGUUCGCCGGACUGCAGAAGUUCGGCGAGGCCUUCCUCGAGCGGCUCUCCGGCAGACAGCUCAAGAACCGGCUCCUCGAAAAGGUGAGCGUGGUGGACGUGCCGGGCAUCAUGGAGGGCCGCCAGUACGGCCGCAUCUACCCCUUCAACGACGUCUGCCAGUGGUUCAUCGACCGUGCCGACAUCAUCUUCGUCGUCUUCGAUCCGCACCACCUCGACAUCGGCGUCGAGAUGGAGAGCCUGCUCGACCAGCUCAAGGGCCGCGAGAAUCAGGUGCGCAUCAUCCUGAACAAGGCCGACCAGCUGCCGGCGGACCGGCUUCUCUCCGUCCAGGGCAGUCUGAUCUGGUCACUCAGUCCGCUCAUCGGCAGCACCACGCCGCCGCCCAUCUACUCGGGCAGCUUCGUGCAGGCGCCCUACCGCGACGGAGCGCCCGUCGACCUGUUCCGCAGCCAGGAGGACGCCAUCCUCACCGACAUCGCGCGCUCACUCUCCAGCCGCGUGGAGAACAGGAUCGGACUGGCGCGCCGGCACGCCGUGCGAGUGCGCAACCACGCGCGCAUGGUGGACUGCUACGUGACCACCUUCCUCAACCAGCAGACGUUCCUCAGCAACAAGAAGAAGCUGGCUGAGGACGUCGUCUCCAACCCGCACAAGUACCACAUCUACGAGGGCAUCAGUCGGGUGACCAACAUCUCCCGCUACGACCUGCCCGAUCCGGAGAUCUACGAGGACUUCUUCACGCUGCACCCGCUGUACGACUUCCCCACGCUGGCCUCCACCUGCACCUACUUCAAGGGCUGCCCGCUCGACAAGCUGGAUAUUGCCAUCAGCUACGACCUGCCCGAGCUGCUCGGCAAGUACCGCAAGAUGGUGGACCGGGGCCAGCGCCGCCAGGGCUGAGCGGCGCGCGGAGCCGCCCGCCACCCCGCCCGCACCCAGCGCCGGCCCGGCGUCCCCGCAGCCGAGGUGCCGGCCCGCGCCCAGAGAGACGAGCGAGCGCGCGCCGCCUGCAGCGGCGAUGAACGCGGCGGGCGCGCCGCCGAGUGACCGGUGCCGCUGGGCGAGAGACAUUCCCGACCGACCCGCAGGGAGCGCGCCGCACACGAGCCGGGGGCGCCCAGGGAGAGAGACAGCACUGCCGCCGGUCGCAGCGCCUGCCGGCCCGCGGCCACCCAACUGGAGACACGUCUGAUGACCGGGCCCGGCCCGCCCCCGUCCCCGCGCACCGGCGCACCCUCCGUGUGACUGACUGUGAGAGAGCGAGCCAGCGUCCGACCGAGCCCCUCGACUGAGAGGUGCGCGACGCGGCGCGUCCGGCGUCCCGCGGCGCCAGUGGCCUGAUGUAUGUUUAGGACACACUGUUCUUUCAUGUAGCUCAAUUGUCCGCCUGAGCGCGAGAGACCGCGGCGCGAGUGCUGCGCGAGGAGUGAGUGCACCGUCCCUACCCCACCACCACCGCGGCCACAGAGAAGGUCCGGACGGACAGCAGCGCGCGCCAGCCGCGCGGACAACGUGUCGAGUGUGGAGGUGCGGCACUCGCCGAGUGCCACGGUAGAACCCCGAGGCAGGAGAUGCCAGAGGUAUUCGCAGACCGCUUCCGAAAUUCGGUCAAUCAUAAACAAACGCGAGCAGAGACUGGGAAAUGUUGGUCGCCAAAUACAAAUACCUCUAACAUCCAGCGCCCAAAACUAAGUAUCACAGAGGCGAAAGACGGUGAACGUCCACCAUCUUGAUCACAUAUAAUAGCUUUGUAAAUUGUGCUAAACUCCCUUUAGGACAGUUGAAUGUGAUAAUUGUUGAUAGUUCUGUCCAGCAAUAAAUUAAUUGCCUUGGUUUUAAA